AUGACGGUGCCGAUUCAGCCGGUUCUGACGCCGGGCUGCAAGUCUCAUACCACUAUACCGCCACAUGUAGCGACUUGGGUUUCUCUACCAUGGGAACUGCGGCAGAUGAUACUUCAAACUAUUGCACGACAAACUUCUGGUUGGGGCGCCUGCGCUUCCGUUUGUAAGGAGUGGCAGGCCAUACUAGAGAAGGAAAGCUUCCGCCAGCUGAAGUUACAAGUUUCCUGUUUAGAUGAUAGAGAAGCUAUGAUUAGUGUAAAACAAGCACAGCUUGUUAGACAUAUCUGGCUAAAUAUCGAGCUAAAGCCAUAUACAUGUCGAAGUUGUCAGACCACAGAAAGUUAUUCAUGGGCUUGUGAAGAUGGCCGCGUGGCUAGACGAGCAAUUACGAAGCUUUUUUCGAUCUUGUCUCAAUGGCCAGUGGUAGAGGGAGCCGAGCUGACCCUGGAGUUGAGCAUCCAGUCUCCUAGUGAUAAGGAGCACUGCUUUAAGAACCUCUAUUUUGGAGGUAUUGGCGAGGAUGAGGAUUUGAAAUUCGACCGGCCUGGUCAUCGGUUAUCCCACCUCGACUCAAAGCACUCAUUUCACGACUCUCAACAUGGCUGGAUGAAUGGACGUCAGGUCGAUGCCCCCAAUGGAAAUUCUUUUUCACGAAUAUUUCAGCCUCUCCAUCUCACAUUCAAGGAAGGCCUCCCUCAAGUCAAAGCGGUAACACGAUUUGUACUUCGCCGACAAUGUCGAAGAUGGAUUGAACCUCGAGUGCUAGGGUUUCUAUUCGAUAAACUUCCUCGGUUACAAUCAUUAAUCUAUGAGCCAUGGCAAAGUUUGGAUAAGAUGGCACAAGAUUUUAUUUGGGAUUCCGAAUACCUGAAGCUUAUCGAAUCCCAUUUACCAAAAGCACUGAAGAAAAUAUCAGUGUUUGAAGAGACUAAUGAAGAAUACAUUACCUCGUUUCGACCUAUCUCACCAAUCACUGCACCUGAUAUAAUCCGGAUCACAUCACCGACGGUCAGUGCUGCUUUUGCCAAGAGGAGUCUUAGUCUCGAGCAGCUCUCCGUUACGUUUUUGAUUGAAGCUUCGGACUUCUUCCGGUCACGUCAACAAGACUGGGUUUGGAGCCACAUGAGAUUCCUAACUCUUACAUCAAGGAUACUUACCCAAACAGAGAAUCUCAAGAUAGAGAUUCUCUUAAGAAAUGCUGCUACAACUGCACUUUCAAUUCCACACCUACAUACAAUGGUACUAUGGAAUGGUCGGAAGGGUGAAGCUUUUAAGUUCUUCUACCACGCAAAGUCUAGUUAUACUUGUAUUGGCUGGCAAGGAACAUGGGAUUGGAAGCUGGAACCUAGCGUGAUACGCAAUUGGCAGAGGGUUGCCGAUCAAAAUACUAGGCAUGACCUCAAAGUCAUUCCAGAGCCUCUCAUUACUACAAGCAUCGACUCUCAUGCUCAUGCCAUCGAGCUCCUGGACUUGCCCUCGGAGGUUGUUCAUCCAGUAUCUUUAUUACAGAUGCAAAGAGAAGCUGAAUCGAGUUGGUAUAAGACCUAG